AUGGAUCCCAAUCCAGGUACCUUCCCGAUUCUCUCUUACGUCAUGUCCCGUUUCCCUUCCUUAGCAUCCCUAACCACCGCCACCGCCACAUCCUCCGACACCGAAUUAUACGACAUCGACAUCGAACAGCCACGCUCCGAAAUCGUCGGCAAAAUGCCAAACCUAGCCGACCCGGAACUAAUCGCAUCCAUGGGCCGGGCCAUCGCCAACGUUCAGCAGGCCCGGUCCGUCCUUAACCUAAUCGGCGAACGUCCGACUCACGAGGACAUCGACCUCGCGAAGGCGAAGCUCGCGGAGACUGAAGCCCAGCUAUCCCGCCAGCUGGAAGAAAUCGUGCAUCAUCCGCGGCCUCCGGAGAUCAAGAUCCAAGGAUGGCGGGCUCAACAAGCCGAAAAGGAGAAGGAGUGUAGGGAAGAGGCGGAGAAGGAGAAGCGGAUAUGGAAAUCGCUUAUUCAGCUUGAUGAGAUGCAUGAGGCUUAUGAGAAGCUGCUUAAGGAUUCGGAGAAGCGGUUGGUUAGAAUGUACGAUUCUGCUGGAGAUGGCGAUGUUGGAGGAGAUGGUGAUGAGGUGAAUGAAGAGGUGGUAGGGAUUCUGCAGGAAGCGGAUGGGAAAGGGAUGGAGAGAAUUGACCUUUCUGGCCGGACAUUGAAGAUUUUGCCGGAAGCUUUUGGUCGGAUUUCGGGUUUGCUUGUGCUUGACGUUUCAGCUAAUCAGCUUUCGGCAAUUCCUGACUCAAUAGCUGGCUUGCAAAAUCUGGAGGAGCUUAAUCUCUCUGCAAAUCUUUUGGAAUCACUGCCUGAUUCAAUUGGGUUGCUACAAAAAUUGAAAUUGCUCAAUGUUUCUGGAAACAAGCUUACUGCCCUUCCUGAUUCCAUUUGUCAGUGCAGGUCAUUGGUGGAGCUGGAUGCAAGCUUUAACAAUCUGUCUUACUUGCCAACAAACAUUGGGGAAUUGGAUCUCAGCAAUAAUCAGAUUCGUGCACUUCCCGAUACAUUCGGCUACCUUGAUAACUUGACCAAGCUCAACUUGGAACAGAAUCCUCUUGAAGUGCCACCAGUGGAGAUUGUGAAUCAAGGGGUCGAAGCCAUAUUGACUUUUAUGACCAAGAGGUGGAUUGAUAUCUUGCAAGAGGAAGAAAGAAAGAGCAAUCAAGAAAUGCAAGAACAAGUAGAGGGUGGCUGGUUAACACGAAGCACUUCGUGGUUGAAGAAUGUUUCCGGAAAUGUAGCUGGGUAUAUCGGAACUGCUGUUGGAUCUCCUAUGUCACCCAAAUCUCCUAAGGAAGAUUAUCUUAAUCAACAGCUAUAA